AUUGACAUUUGUUUCAUCUUCCGUGUACGUCAACCUCCCGUCGCUCACAAAGGAAAUCUAUCAACCUGCCCAAAUAUUACCUUAUUAGAACUGUCUUCCCCACGAUAGGAGUGAAGCAGGCAACGAACGUCGGAACCAUGCCCGCCACGUGGAGUUUUCACACUCGCAUCGAGUCCCGCUAUACAAGAAAGCCGUGAAGUCUGGAAUAUCAGGACAUAGAAGCGCCGCGAAGCAACUGUGGCUAUGAACGAGGUACAGACAUGGGCAGAUGGAGAGACGACAGCAGGAAGGUAGUAGGAGACUGGGAGUUAGUAGGAGCCCUCGGUCGACUUCUAAGGGAACCGUGUCGUCACUCGUCAGGAAGGUCUGCCUGAAAACCGAGGGAAAGCCUCACACAGUAUAGCCGAUACCGGGAUUGGUAACCGUAUUCAUCUCGGUGUGCAAGACAAUCAUUUUAACCAGUAAGCCACGCGAGCUGUCGGUGCGUCGAAUCACUGCGGGAUGCGCGCCAGUGGAAGCUGAAAGAAAAUCUGGUUUUCGGUGUCUCCAAGAAAUGGGCUCUCCCUCUUUCUUCUUGUGUGAACCAUCAGCCCCACAUGACCUCCAUCUCUAAAAACCCAGCAGCUAAGCAGAGAGUCCUGCAGUAAUUCCAUCGGCGACUCCAUGCUGCACGAACGCACACACAAGGACACGCUACGUAACCGCGUAAGACACCGCAUCACAAUACCCUGCAGUAAUCUUCGGGCAAGUAGUUGAGUAUUCAUAUGUACAAAAGCGACAGGGUCUGAAAGGCGCGCAACUCGUCGUUAAGAUUCAGUCACGAAGUUGCAGCUAUGCCGAGCGAAAUGUGUGAAACCGCAGAGUUUUGUUUCAGACAUUGUCACGUUCCUCCUUUGAUGUAACGGAGAUUAACGCAAAUAUUUCAGCUGUGGAAACUCGCCUGGGCCACCGUCCAGUUCCUAGAACCGUUGCCGGUUCCUCGCACUCAGCGUAAACAAUUGGCUUUAUUAAUUACCAAAUUUGGAUUCGUCGUUGCGGCUGGGUUUCGGUGGCCCAGUCUUCGGAGAUGCAGUUACGUUUGACGUGUUUGAUUGCGGAAAUAAAUUUCAAAAUUUGGUUACGCCGAUGCCGGUUGGCCUUGGGUGGACCCGACUGCGGGAGCGUAGGUUUGUUUCAGGCAGUUCGUGCUGGACUACGGGCGCCGAUCACCAGGGAACAGGCAGUGCUCGGCCCAGUCGAGUGCUCCAGUCACUGGCUCUGCUCCUGAAACAUCCUCCGCUAUGAUCAGGGCGCAGGGAGCACCAGUGCAACCCACGUGCCUUCAGCUUCAAUCGACUACUCGUGAAACUCUGCCAACAGUCACGCGACCUGUGCUACCUGGACCACGGAUUCCAUCGACGACACCCAAGCCAAGUCCUCGCGGCGGACGGCCUCCACCCGAGCUUCGAGGGAGUGACGACUAUCUGCCGCCAUCUCCAGGACUUGGUACCUCGCCUGCUCGGACACCUGCCGCAGCGCCGUGCCCACGUUCCGGUGUUCCCUGAUCCCGCGUGGCCCACACUGCAAGAAGCAGCUUCCUUGGAUCGACGACGCCCUCAACGCAUGCCGAGCCACCAGCACCAGGAUUGACUGACCGACGGUGAGAGUACUUCUUCUAACCUUAGUACCGAGCCAUCUCCUAGUGCCAGGGCGUUCUUUAGACUAAGAGAGAUCAGUGAUAAAUCCGUGCGAUACAAAUCUCAUCGCGAUGCUAUGCAACUCUAUAAAUCGGAGAACAAAAUUCCCAAAGGGCUGGUGAUCAAUCUUAAACCAACUUUUCCCCUCAAUGACCAACUUCAGGAGAAGUGGAACAGCAUUCUACAUGGUACUUGCUCUACAUUAAUUGAUAUCUUGAUAUCCCACUGCGACGAAGUAAAUGAGGAGCUUGCACGCGAAGCGCAGGUCAUUAACGAAGCAGUUAGCUUAUCAGAUAGUCACCGUUCUGAAUUGUCACAAUUCAUCAGAAAAAAAGAAAACAACAUCCUGACAACCAAACGUAAAAAAAUAACCAGAGACAAUAUUGAUCCUAAUCUCUUAACGGAAUGUGUCUCGGUCUCCCAGUGCAAGGGCUUUACCCCAUUGUUCCCAAGACAAUUGUACAGACCCCCCAGCUCGCGCAAGCUCACUCGUCCCAUCUCAUCAUGUAGUUAACCUAUCGUCCCACUCACUUACCAAAUCGGAGCUCUCCCUCCUUAACCGUGGUCUCUCGUUCUGUCCCAACACCAGUUACGUAAACGAAUAUCAACUUCAUUUGGAUUUGGACAACUUCGCUCGGCGUAUGCGCCUUAAAGAAUAUUUUCAUGAAAAGCCCGGUCACAAUGCUAACCCCUUCAGACAACCAGAACCCAACCGCGACAGAGCUCUCGAUAUGUACAUAAAAGCUGUCCAGAAAGAUAUCAUUACCGCAUACAACGCGCCUUCUAGCCGCAGUCCCAAGUCAAACUUGACCCAAGUAGAACAACAGAGUCUUUCUGAACUCAAGCAUUGUAAGGAAAUUGUUAUCAAAAGAGCAGAUAAGGGUGGCGCAAUUGUUGUAAUGAAUAGGCAAGAUUAUAUUAACGAGGGUCUGCGACAAUUGAGUUGCACUUCAUUUUAUGAAAAUCUGGACGCCGACCCCACGGAACGAAUUGUUGCGAGCAUCACGAAAGAACUAAAAGCCCUAAAAAGUAAGAAAGAGAUCGACGCGACGCUCUACGAAUACCUUCUUCCCCGAAAUUCCAUACCGGGCAGGUUCUACAUGCUGCCAAAGAUUCAUAAAGAAGGAAACCCUGGCAGGCCAAUUGUUCUUGCAAUGGUACAGCCACAGAAAAGAUAUCCAGCUUUGUAGAUCACGUCCUCAAGGACAUACCCCCACAACUACCGUCCUACAUCAAGGACACUAACCAUUUUCUUCAAAUACUAAAUCAGUGCCAGCCCCCCACAUCAAGUUUCCUAGUUACAUUAGAUGUCUCGUCCCUCUACACUAAUAUUCCCCACGAAGACGGCAUUAUUGCAGUUGAGACAGCUUUUUUCUAGAUACGCCGGACACAGUCCUAUCGACCCACUUGCCCUGUCCAAGCUAGUAAACCUGAUCCUUAAAAACAAUAACUUCGAAUUUGACAGUCAGCACUACCUCCAAAUCAGCGGCACGGCUAUGGGCACUAAAAUGGCGCCUAUUUAUGCAAAUAUAUUCAUGGGAACUUUGGAAGAAAAAUUUGUGGAAGGACGUGAGCGAAAGCCGGCACUUUACAAACGCUACCUGGAUGAUAUAUUCAUGAUCUGGCCACAUUCAGUAAGGGACCUCAUAGAAUUCAUAAAUGAUCUCAACCAAUUUCAUCCCACUAUUAAGUUCACCCACACGUAUUCAACUGCAACUGUUAACUUCCUAGAUGUUCAGGUAAGACUACAAGACGGAGUUCUAAGCACCGACCUAUUCCGGAAGCCCACUGACUCCCAACAGUAUUUGUCCUUUCAUAGCUGUCACCCAAGGCAUACAAAGCUUGCCAUCCCUUACAGCCAAGCCCUUCGGUACAGGAAAAUCUGCUCGAACGAUGACGAUCUUGACAGGAAUCUAAAUCAGUUGCAACAAACAUUCGUUGACCGCCAUUUUCCACCGAACCUUGUGAAAGACGCUCUCAACAAGGCCCAAAAAAUAGAGCGCCAGUCACUAUUCGGUACGCGAAAAAAUAGCACAAAAGAGGACGCUAUCAACCUGAUCGUAACAUUUGCUGGAAAUAUCCCAAACAUUAAGGGUAUACUGAAUCGACACUAUAGCAUACUUCAGCAAUCCGAGCGCACAAAGGAAUUUUUUCCGCAGGCACCUCCUGUCACAUACAGGCGCGCACGCAAUCUGCUAGAUAGCUUAGUUCAUUCUAAAAUCAACGAACCAAAUGAUUCACCAAUGGGUUGUCACCCAUGUGAAGGCCGCAGAUGUCAAAUAUGCAAAUCAAUGCAACACACCACCAUAGCCGAAAGUACUAGUUCUCACUUCAGAGUGACAAUUAGAGCAAACCUAGACUGUAAUUCGUCCAACGUUAUCUAUCUCCUUCAAUGUAACGCAUGCCAAGCACAGUACGUGGGCCAGACAAAAACCGCAUUCAGAAUCAGAUUUAACAAUCACCGAUCGGACGUGACGAAAGAACCGAAUCUUCCAGUUUCACGCCAUUUUAGCCAGCCAGGGCAUUCAAUUAACGAUGUUUCAAUUUUCCUUCUUCAAACAAACUUCAGUUCCGACCGGUGCCGAGAACAGCGCGAAUCUUACCUUAUCUACAAAUUCCAAUCUAUCAUAAACGAGGACCCUGGUGUACUGUAAACAAUAAGAAACGUAUCUGCUUAGAUAGUGUACUGCUGCUUGUUCCCCUUUUCUUUGCAGAACAACAGUCCACAGUCCUUGGAUUCCAUCCCACCUCCCGGACGAUGACCUCUUCACCGGACAUGACUCAACCACUUCCUUGUACUUGACCGGCUGACGGCCGCCAGGUGGCGGGACCCCCCGAUUGUGACGUCAUUGUAGCACUGUAUAAAACUCCAAGUGUCAUUUGUCAUUCUUCAGUCCUGACGAAGGCGGAGCUUCCGCCGCAACGUUGACUUCCCCCUUAACUUUCCACUAGCAAAUAAAUAACUCCC